AGAGUGGUUUCUGAGCGAGUCGUACCGGGCCGGUCCCUCCACAGUGUGGCAGCUGGGGGUUGUGCUGUACGACAUGCUGUGUGGGGACCAGCCCUUCAACACACGACGAGAGAUCAUCUAUGAAGAGCCUUACAUCAAGGAUCAACUGUCCCGACACUGUGUGGAUCUGUUGAGGAGGUGUCUGGCGAAGCGACCCCGAGGACGGCCCACUCUGGACGAGAUGUUACUCCACCCCUGGCUCCAGCCGGACACGCCCCCUGGCUCCAGCCGGACACGCCCCCUGGCUCCAGCCGGACACGCCCCCUGGCUCCAGUGAACCGGACACGCCCCCUGGCUCCAGCCGGACACGCCCCCUGGCUCCAGUGAACCGGACACGCCCCCUGGACAGACCUGCAGCUUGUCACCUGAACCCGACAUAAACAUAGAUUUUUAAAACAUUUUUUUGAACCGACUUUGAAAAUUGACUCCUUCAACGUGAAAAUAUAAACUUUGAACAAAUAUCAUACUUUUAUCAUUCAUGAUU